AUGUUUUUGCUCUGGUUUUUCAUCCUACUGGUCAUCGUGACCAUUGUUUAUAAAAUAAUCAAAUCGAAAAAUCGAAAGCGAAGAAUCCGACAAAGAGAAGCAGAGUUAGGAUGUCUUCCUCCACCAGUAUUUCAACUUACCAAUGGGUUUGGUCUUCCACUCAAGAAGGAGUCAAUUCAAGCGACGAACGAGGACCGUAACCCCCAAUAUAUCAUGGAAACUAUGAACAGCAUCUCACCAGAUUGCCAUACUGUUCGUGUUCCUAUCUUCGACUACGAGAUAUUUGUCACCCGAGACCCCGAGAACAUGCGUGCUAUUUUCUCCACACAGAGCAGUGACUUUGACAUUUCGGUUUGUCGGCAGAUGAGCUGGAUGCCGAUGAUUGGAAAGGGUAUCUUUACGACCCGAGGCUGGGACUGGAAACAUUCUCGCUCACGCCUGCGCCCGCAGUUCUCACGAGAUGUGGUGUCUGAUAUUGAAAGAGAGGAAAGACACGUGCAGGCAUUGAUGACGCGGCUAAUUGUUGAGCCAAAGUCGAAGUGGACUGAUAAAGUAGAUCUGCAGCCAUUAUUCUUCAAUUUUACACUCGACACAGCAUCUGAGUUUCUCUACGGCAAGUCUGUCAAUUCGCAGCAAGGCACAAAAGAUGGAAUCGAAAUGGCGACUCAUUUCCAUAACGCCAAGAUGGCUGUCCACAGGCGCAUUGAAGUUGACAAGUUCUACUGGCUACUCAACAGCAAGAAGUUCCGAACGUCAUGCAGUGUUCUCCAUCGAUGGGUAGAUGACAUCGUGGCCUCCAGGCUGUCAAAACUGAAGGAAGAAAGAAGCCCCAAUGAUGAACCAAAGCAGCAAAAGUUUGUUUUGUUGGAUGAAUUAGCCAAGGACACGCGAAACAUCGACGAGUUACGCGGUGAGACAUUAAAUGUUCUUGUCGCUGGGCGCGAUACAACAGGUUCCCUUCUAAGUUGGGUCUUUUACUUUCUUGCUCGUCAUCCAGAGGUAUUUGAGAAAUUGCGCCAAACGGUCCUUCGCACUUUUGGCGCCCACCCAACUCAGUCGAAAGUUGACUUUCACGUCUUGCGGAACUGCACAUACUUGCAAUACGUCAUGAAAGAGGCACUUCGUAUUGCCACAGUUAUACCUAUGAACGAACGAGUGGCCCUUCGCGACACAACUCUACCUGUCGGUGGUGGUGAGAGUGGCAAUGGUAAGGUGUUUAUCCCGGCGGGGACCCAAAUCCUAAUUCCCACCUACGCCAUGCAACAUCGACAAGAUCUUUGGGGGCCGGAUGUGGAGCAGUUCAGGCCCGAAAGGUUCGAGGAUAAGCAACCUGGGUGGGAGUUUAUUCCUUUUGGGGCCGGCGAUAGAAAAUGCUUAGGCCAACAAUUUGCAUUCACCGAAGCCGGCUAUGUCGUCAUUAGAUUUUGUCAGAGAUUUGACAAGAUGGAGAACAUGGAAGAAGGUGACGGACGCAUUCGACUGCAUCAUGCGAUUGAGAAUAGAAGCGGAACAGGGGUGCAGGUAAGAUUACACGAGGCUAAAUUCUAG